AUGCUCAUUGUAGCGAAACCUACUUCGCUGAUGCAUCAGGGUCCACGGGCCACAGCGGAAGGCUGCGCCCCGCCGUCAUCCUCGGAUUCGGCAAGCACCGCCGCCCUCAACUCCACAGUUCCAGCGUUCACCGCCCCCGCGCUCCCCGCCCUCACAUUCUCCUCGCCCUUACCUGUAAGACCAUCUUUCCAAAAGGCCACCUCGCACGCCACAAAGCACGAGGAGAAGAGCUCCAGACGGCCAGCUCUUUCAGGCCGUUCCAUUAGCAACCCUCGCCCUGCCGCACACUCUCCACCUAAACUUGCAUCGGCAGCGCCGCCUCUUUCCAAGCGCGCCGUGACUUUCGACGCACCGAGUCGGACCGUCACACCUCAUCCUCCAGGUUUCAUGCCCUCCCUCAGACGUGAUAGCUCAGAUGCCACAGCAGGCGUAUCUAUACCACCCACGCACGAGGCCAACGUAGCGGAAUUCAGUCGAGGCGCUGCUUUAAGAGCGCCUCGUGACCCUAACCUGCUGAGCCUUGAAGAACUGUCUCCAGGAUCUCGCUCGCAUGCGCUGCCGGCCAGCGACGACCCUUCGAGCUCCAGAACAAUGGCGUUCCAGACCCACAGCCAGGCGUCGUCCUUCGGGGAGUAUGACGUGUCGGCGCCAGACAGCGGCGCGGGGACUAAGAGUAUCGGAGCAACGAGCGCAUUCAGUACGGGUCCCAAGGGGCCAAGGAAGAGGAGAAGGCCAGCUCCGCCCGAGCUGCUGAUCAUCGUUCGUCCUCCUCCGAGUAAAGACCGCAACCCCCUCAAUCUCCAGAUUCAGCUAGUGGUACCUACCACCUGCCCCCCUUCACGUACCUCUGGCGAGUCAGUCAGAGAUUCUUCCUUUCCUAUCAGUCUGCCGACUGCAUCCGCUUCGUCUGGCAGUCCCCGCGAGCCUCUGCAGCGCCGCGGAUCUUCAGCCUCCUCUCAUUCGGCUCGGUCAGAAAUGACGACUGCCUCUUCUGCCUCAGGCGGCACGUCGGCUUCGAGGAAAGUGACGCCCCUCUACAACCUGGCCGUACACUCAAUUAUGCCGACUACCGUAUCUGACGCUGGAACUGAUCAAAGGGUAGCGAAGUUCACCAAGAAGGGCGCAGUCGAAAUUGAUGAUUUUGGCAUCUUGGAGCCUCGCGAGCUGAUCUUUGGUCUCAACGACAUAGCUACGCUGGAAGGGACCGAUGGACCCAGAGCUAUGGCAGGCCCGGACGGUGAAGUGUCCGCAAAUCGCCACGAUCGCGAAGCAGAUGACACAGGUACCGUCGCCUCCGCGGAUGUUCAGCCUCCCACCAGCUUCGAGGCGAUGACUCCAGAAGCUCGUUCACCGGAACUUGUGAGUCCAGGUGCUAAGCUGAUGAAGCGCUUCAAGGGCCUGCAAUUUGGUUCCAAGUCUACCGGUAGUGGUAGCGGCAGUGUAGGGGCUGGCAGUAGCAGCGCGAGUACUACCACCCAGGGUGUAGGAGCUUUCCUCAAUGGAUUGGGCGUUUCGACCUCCAAGUCUACUAGGCAGUCGACUGCUGACUCUACCCGUCCCGUCUCGGUCGCCGGACUUUCCCUCGUCAGCGGUCUCUCUGCAGCAGCAGCGGCGAAAAGUAGCGGCUUCAAGCCAGGAGUGGAGGUGUUGCCACUCGUGCCUGGUGCAGGCCUAAGCGAGCAUGGUGCAAGAAGAAGCCAGGGCUAUGUGUGGACCAUUGCGAAGCUAACACGUCGAGUAGCCGACGACGAGGGAAACUUAUCGGAAGCACCUCUUGAUGUGGAAGGCCAAAAUCAGGUGCUGAAGAGCGUAUGGCGUCACUUCAACAGCGCCAACAAGCUGGGUGGCGACGAAAGGCAUCCACACCCUCAACGUAUACCAGUCCGCUUCGAGUGGACCAGAGAGGGCAGACAUGGGAGCUUCAGCCCUGCCAAGUCUACCGUGUCACCGGACCGUCGUCGCCCUGGCCCCGACGGUGUUUCGGCAGCAGUGGCAAAGCGAAUGAGCGUCCAAUCAGGCGACUUUGGUCCCGAAAUAAUUGGGAGACAUGAGGCAGAAGCGGCUGCCCCUACGGGUGACUCUUUACGUCUGCCAGCCGUCGACUCGCGCACUCGUCCCCAUAGUGCCUCCCGUAGCCUGUCGCGAGAUGCUUCGCGAUCCAAUCCUGCCUCGCCUCGCCCAUCUUCAGACGCAAAGUCGCUGAGGGGGAGCAGCGCUCCCGACGAAGACGACGAAGAUUUCUCCGAUCCCGAGGACUCGGAAGAGCCUUGGUCCUGCCACCUUGUUCUUUCAGGUAGCACUCGAAUCCCCAUCGGGACCCUCUCCCCUGCACCUCACCAUCCCAAAAUUGUUGCUCAACUCGCCGUCCCCUUCCCAUUGCCAGACCUCAGUCACACGGGCCUCUGCGCUGAUGGAGCUGGACUGACGAGGGAAGAAAUCAAGGACGUGAUCUGUGUCAGCGCUCUGCAUCUCAUGAUGAGGGAAAGCUUUGGUGGAUUGGGAAGAGUAAGGAAGAGGACGGGGUCGAACAAACAAUGA